UUGCGCGCAUUCACCGCAACGACAACAACACUGCGGCCUCGUCCUUCAGUGGGCCCGUCCGUAACAUUCUGGGUCGUCGUUUCGACUGGAAACUUUUUUUUCAAACGCGUUUUUUUUCCUUUAACAUUUUUCCCGGUCGUCAACCACCGGCGUUGGUCUUUUACACAUUUCUGUUGGUCCGUUGCGCACCCGCGCUUCGCGUUCCCCGGACAGACAGACGUGCGUGACCAGCCCUACGGCGGCAGCAAAUCUCGUCUCGGGGGCCGGACAAAUACACACGGAAGAACCUGCAGCUGUACUACGUCGUUCGAGCCGUCACCGUCACGUCGUAGUAUUCCUAUCAAGCCUCCUGAACGUUCAUUAAAUAGGAAGACAGAGAAAACGAUUGAAAAAAAAUGAAUUCCAAUACAGCUUACUAAUAACUGCUGUUUGCUGCAUGCAGCAACAACAACAGAAUUGUAAAAUCCAAAGAAAACCAAAAAUGCUUUACUAAGUAUCUGUCCCCUCUUAAAGAAGAUGGGAUAUUCAACAACUACAUACUCAUCAGCUCAAUAAAUAACCCUUUUUGGCUGUUUUGUACUUUUUUUUUAUUUAGUAUAACUUACAACUUAAAUUUUUUAUUCACAUUCAAUAUAUUUUAAAUUACAAUACAUUUUAAUUGAAAACUGAAAUUUUAAGUCAUCAAAACAUCAAAAGUAUGUCCCACAGUCAUUUUUUAACCAAAGAAAACUUUCCCAGCUUUUGCAAAAAGUUGUCCGAACUUGAGUGGACAAUGGAUUCUACAUGUACAGAAAAACCCGAAUCUUCGUCUCCUGCCUAUUCUUUUCUGCCAACAGCCCGAAAUGUACCCAAAAGUGAUUAUCAUCCUAAAGAAUCUUACCAGCGUUUCUUAAUUGAUUCUAAUGAAGACAAUACUUUAAUUGAAAAAUAUCUAAAACAAGAAUGUGACACUUAUAAGUUAUUCGGGGGUCCACCAAUUAAUCCGUUAUUUACUGAUGAAGGACGUGGUUCUAGUAUUGAAGAUUCUCCAAAAUCUUUUUCAUAUUUUUCAAAAACCAAUUGCUCUUACAUGGAUAAAAGUAUUUGGGCACAAGAUUCUGGUAAUGAUAGCUGGCCUGAUGCAUUUUUGCCAUUGGAUAUUAAAGAAGAAACCACAUGGAAAGAAUUGAAUACUGAAACCAAAAAGGAGCCUAUGUCAUGGGCAGUAAUACAGCGUCCAGCGAAAGAAGAUAAAUUCAAGCCCAUAAAUCAAUUGGUUGAUGCUGGUGCAGCAAUUUUUCCAGAUGGCUCACAAUUUGAAAUUGAUUUAUCGUAUGAAGCAUUUGAUGCUGUUGAAGUUGAAGGGAAAUUAUACAUUGGUAAAGAUGAAUUUAGGCGUACAGAUGAUGGAUUGUUGUAUAAAGUCUGUAACCAAGAUAAAGGUACUCAAACGGACAAUUGGGAUGAUGAUGAAACUGUUUUGGUGACACGUACUGCUAGACGACAUUACCAUUUUCCAAUAUUCCAGAAUUGGCAUACAUCUCAAUCAGGCGAUAACCAAGAUUUGCUGAGUGAUUUUUUUAAUCCACAGCGUGCACGUGAAGUUAGAGGUGACAUGGAUGAUAGACCUCAAAUGGUAGAUAUGCUUCGUAACAUUAUGGGUAUGCAACAUAUAUGGGAUAAGCCAACUAUGUACAAUGAAAUUGAUGCUUAUCCAGAACAAAAUUUGUACAUACCAACAACAUGUAAUGAACUGGCUGCUACCUACACAAUAUUGCAGUCAGACAGUGGUUCAGAAAGUUCAGAUGAUAUAGAUAAUAAUUGUGGUACUUUAUUCCGUAAUUCGCGAACUUAAAGAGGCAUUAUUGAUUUUGGAAUUUGCAAGAUUAAAUCAACACUGUAAUAUUUGUUUUGCCGUGCACCGUUUAUGUUUUUUGUCGAGACAUGUUAGACUCAUUAAGGUUAGGUUAUACAUAUUUUUCUUUGGGACAAAAAACUAUAAUAUUUUACAUUUAUAUGACCUAUAACAUAUAGUUUUGGUCAAUAAGUUAUUUGUUUAAAAUUGUAUUUAAAAACAAAAUAAAAAAAAAGAACAAAACGUCAAAAACCCUUAAAAAAAAAUAUAUAUAUAUAUAUAUUAAAAAUAAACAUACAUUAAUAUAUAUUUAUAUCUAAUGGAUAGACCUAAGGCUCUAAAAUAUUAUCAUAUGGGUAAUUUUCUUAGGUUAAAGAAAUUAUCCCAUUUAAAUAAUUUGCUUUGAUUAAUGAAGUAUUUUUUUUAUGUGUUCAAAACUGUCAAGACAUUUUAAGAAUUUAUCAUUUUAUUAGCCCGAUGUUAGCAAUAUUUUGUAAUUUAUCAAUUUUAUUUUGAAGAAAAAAGAUAAUAAAAUACUAAAUUGGUGAACUACCCAAAAGUCGAAUCUAACAAAAUUAUUAUCAAGAUAUCAAGAGUUAGGUUAGGUGUCUAUGAGCAAAGUACAUACUCAACUCAAAAGUGAGGAACUGGACAAAUUUCUCUGGAUUUUUUUUAUGUGAGAAUAUUUUGGUGAAUUCAAUGUAUUUUAAAAUUACUUAAUGUUUCAAGUUGUAUACCUUAUUUGAUCUAAAUCAUACAUCAAAUUAUUUUAAAUUGAUAAAUAUUGUGGGUUACAUAAUGUUUUAAAAAAUGUAUUUAUUCUUGAAAUUCAUAACUAAUCACCAUUGUAUAAAAAUAAUUUUUCUUUUAAAUCCUGGUCAUAAGUUUGUCCAGUUCAGUUAGAAGAUAUCAAAAAGACGGGUCCUGAUUUUUUUUAAAUAUGGCGCCCGAAAAUUUACUUUACAUUUAUAUAUAUAAUUGUAUAUAUAUGAAUGUAUUUUUUAGUUUAAAGUGAAAUAAAAGUUAUUUUUUCUAAUAAAACAGUCCGAAAACCGUUUUCGGCCCUGAUUUUUAAUAAAAAAGCGCCUAGAGUUUUAUUUAACACUAACCAAUUUUUUUUUUAAAUAUUAUUUUUAUUUAUUACAUACAGUUAACGGAAGUGCCUUUUAGAAACACAUAAAAAAUUUGAAUUUUUCAUUGUUUAUAGGGGGUAAAUGACUGAAUCAAUCGCUCUUUUGUUUAUCGGUUAUUAGAAAAAAUAAUUAAAGCCGAUAAAUACACGAAUGAAAUAUUUAUAUUUAUCAAAAGAUGCGCACCCCUUUUCAAUUAUUAUUUAUGUAUGUGUUAAAAUUCAUGUACGCCAAGACCCAUAUAAUAUACAUAAAUAAUUUAUUUUUAUUGCUUUUGUAUGUAUGUGUGUGUGUAUAUGUAUAUAUAUACAUAUAUACAUAUAUACAUAUAUAACUUUUUUAUGAGGCCAAAGGAAUAUUUUUUUUGUGCAUUUGUUUUGUUAAAGUUGUUAUUUAUUUUAAAAUAUUUUUUUUUACAUUUCGCAAGAGAUGGAGCACAAAAAUACAAAAUUAUUAAAAAAUUGAUUUUGUUAUUUUAUAUUCUACCUUGAUUUGUCUUGACAGUUUAGAACAAAUAUUAUGUUAAUCAAGUUUGAAUGAAUCUAUAUAGUAUAUAAAAAAAAAUACCUAAGAGGUUGUAAGAUCUUUUUAGAUAAUUGAUAAUUACUAAUUUAUGUAUAUAUAUAUAAAAUAUAUAUACAAAAUGUAGGUUCAUAUUUUAGUUUGUGAAUUUAAAGAGUUUUUAUUUCAAAAAGAAUUAUGUUACAUUUUGUUAGGGCAUUAAAAAGAAAUAAGACAAAAUAUAAUCACAAUUUAUAGAGGAUUAAUGCAUAUUAUGUAUGUUUUUUUUUUUUUAUUUUCAACUUGUAAACUAUUGAAUUAUUUAAUUUGAAUGACACAGUUCAAGUAUUCUAAAGUUAGGAGCUACAUAGAUUAUAAUUUAAAAACUGUGAAUUGAAACUUUCUUUUUAAUCAGAUAAAUUAUAUUAUUAUAUUAUAUCUCAGUCGUCCCUCAGAAGCCUAGGUUCUUUUUUAGGUAGCUCGUGUAAAACACCGAUUUCUAUGUGAAUGUAUUGACUUAAUACUGUAUUGUAAAAAUGAUUAAGUGAUUCAAUUUUGCUGUCCAAAUUGAAAAUAAAUAACAUUUUUUAAAUUUAUAUUCUUAUUUUAAUUUUAUAAAUGACUUCUAUUUGGUUUACAUUAGGAAUAUCAUCAUUUUAUUAAAUGUUGAAUGACAUCAUUUUUUUUAUUCUAAUCAGCGGAAUAUAAUUAUUUUUAUUUAGUUCCAAUGUUGGAUGUAAAGUAAUAUAAUGUAAUAUUAUAUUAUAUCAGCAUUAAAUUCUAAAAUGUAAUAUUUUAAUCAUAAUACAAACAUUAUAUCUAUUUAAAAAAUAGUUAUUAAAAUGUUUUAAUAAACAAAUCACUUAUAAUUUCAAAGUGUAGGUUCAAAAUCUAUAUUAAAUAUCUAAAGAUUGUUGUUUCAAAUUAAUUAUAAAAAAAAAUUCAUUUGUAAAAGGUUAAAAUGUAUAGUGAAAAACAUUACACUUUAUGAAUAUUUUGCAUUCAAUUUUUUUUUUUUUUUAUUUAACAAAUAUUGUAAGUAUAAAGUUAAAUUCAUUUAGUAAAAUAAUUUAUUUUUAUUUUUAUUUGUUGUUUAAUAAUUAAUGUUAUCAUAUUGUAAAUUAUUUAUCAGUUGGCAAAUUUUGUUAAAAUAGUUCAUACCAGUUCUUGUAGUAAAGAUAUAAAACACAAAAUUAAUUGUGAUUUCAAAUAAAAUAGUUUUUAACAUCUAUUACACAGCACAGGAUAAAUUCCUUGGUCAAUUCCUUUUACAAUUAUAAUUUCUAAAAUAUAAUAUUCAAAAAUGUUUUGCUAAAAGGAAUAUACAAGUUAAAUUGACCUAAUAUUAUAUUAUACUACAAUAAUGAAAAUAUAAUCUUUAUAUAAUAUACAUUUUAAAUAUUCUGUAUAAAAUAUCUAGUCCAAAACAUAAAAUUAUAUUAUAAUUUAAUUUAAUUUCAUAAAAAAAAAAAAAGUAAUAGAAACUAAUUUAAUAUAAUUUCCCCAUUUUUAAUAUUAUAAUAUGUGUACAGUUAAAUUACAAAACUUGUAGGAGGUUUUAACAUUAAAAUCAAACAAUUAAUUUUUAAUUUUAGAAUAUAAAAAAUUAUAUUGUAAUUAUCUAACAACCUAAUUCAUGAAUAAAUUAUAGAAUAUAUUAUAUUAUGAUAUAUUACAUAUAUUCAAAUAUAACUACCCCUUGUCCACUUGAAUUGAUAUUUGAUAUGUGAUCUAUGUCUUCGCCCAUAUUUGUUUUAUUUGGUUAUCUCAAUUUUUUUUUUCAUUAUAAAGUAAUAUUUCUUUUUUAUUAUUUUACAUGUGUUAAUAAUAUUAUAUUACAUAAAAAUAAUAUUUUUGUCAAAUUAGAUACAUUUUUAUUUUAUGUGUAUUUGAUGGAUAAAUAGCAUUUUUCAUGGAAUAUAAAUAUUUUAAAAUGAAAUUGAUAAUUACAAUUUUGAUUUUAAUAUAGUAUUAAUAGUUAUGAUGUAAUCGGUUUUUACGAAUACAAUUUAGUUAUUUUAAUUUUACACUCAAUAUGUAAUAUUUAUUUUUAAAUUUUCAUAGUAAAUUUUAUUAAUAUUAAUAUUGUAUGUAUGUAUAAAACAUUUAAUAUAAUAUAUUUUACUUUAUAUUAUGUAUAAUGUUUGUUGGUCGGACUAUGGAUACAAGAUAAUUGAAAAUGUUUGUCAAAAUAUUUUUGCGGUGUAAACAAAAAAUGAUUUAAUAAAGUAACUUUGAACAGAGUA